UGUUGAUUUAUGGUCCCAAGUCGGGUCACUAUACCAAACUUCAACCCCUUUUUGGAUCGAUAAUAUACCUCUUAUGCUGUCGCGCACACAAUGAAAGAACAAAUUUGUUCACUAUCAGAUCCUAACCUUGAGUCCCUCGACAUAGACUCCCUUGACCUAGAUUCUUUGGACCUCACGCCACUCGAAAGACCCACAAGGAUCGCCAUUAUCGGAGGUGGCAUCGCCGGCAUAUCCAUCGCCUACGAGCUGCGCAACCGUGAAUCAGCCACAUGGUGCCCCGAAGUGACUCUGUUUGAACGCGAUGCCCGCCUGGGCGGUCGGAUCCACAGCGUGUUCAAGUAUGACGAGGGCCGCCAUGCGGUUGAAGCGGGUGCUGCUUCUUUCUGGUGGGAAGACCCCAGUCUCCGGCGUCUCUUCCACGAAGCAGGAGUUGACCUCGUGGAUUCCCACGGUGGGCAAAUCCGAGAUGAGCCGCAAAGCCGCCGCGUCGGGAUCUUCGAUGGACGAGCUAUGGUGGGAAUCAGAUUAUCGGGUCCGGAGACGUGGAUGCACUUUGCGAAACAAGUCUGGCGGCAUCGCUGGUCGGGUUGGUUCUGGCUGCACUUGUGCAUUCAACUCGUGUCGAUUGCGCGGGAGAGUCGGUACUGGCGAGACUGGCGGCAGAUAUUCAGUCACGCAGCGGAUGAAGCUGCGGUGGCCGUCGAUCCAUACGAGGAUGAGGUGACCAAGCUUGCAGGCAAGUACGGUCUUUCGUCUAGGCCCCAGUUGUCCGCGGACGGGGGGAACGAGCGCGCGUUGCGCCGACUCGCCCUCUUGUCGCAGGCGACCGUCUAUCUCCGGUCCACCGUCACCGAUAUCACGGUGCUCGACGAGCAGGAUUUCAAUCUCUCCUGGACAAACCCCACCAAUGACGGCACCGAAGAGAAGCAUACCGCGCACUUCGAUGCGGUGAUCGUCGCCGCCCCCUUCUCCCAGACCGGAAUCGCCAUCAGCCCACCGCAUCUCCAACCACCAGAGUCCGCCUCCGUCGAGUACACCCCGCUCCACAUCACGCACUUCAUCUCUCGCUACCAUAUUGACCCUACUGUCUUCAGUCUCAGCGCAACAGACCCCCUCCCCGACGAGAUCUGGAACCUCAACCCUAAUCCACAGCCCACCGAGAACAAAGACCAACAGCCACUGGCAAGACCACCCCCAUUUCUGACCCUAACCCGCGCCCCCUCCUUCUGGAUAUCCGGCUGCCGCGGCGACACCGAGAACCUCUACCGCAUCACCUCUACCCAGCCCUUCACCGACGCCGACAUCGCCAGACUCUGCAUCCCCGCCUCCCCGGAGAAGGUCACCUUCCCGCACCAGAGCCGCUACAUCCCGUCGUCCGACGCGCUCGCGGAGCUCAACCAACCGAAUCCGCGCUUCCGGGGCGUCCGCGUCUUCGAUGGCGGGCGCGUGCACGAUGAGGGGUGGUAUCUCCGGCACCGGGGGUGUACGCCGGCGCCGCGGGUCAGGUGGGUGCAUCGGCAGGUGUGGGAGAAUGGGGUGCCGGUGGUGCGGAGGGGGCAGAGGGCGAGCGGUGGUGGAGGUGACUGGGUGGAGGUGAGGGCUCGGGCGAAGGCGGCGAUGCGGUUGAUUGCGGGUUUGUUUUAUGUUUCGGGGUUUGAGGCGAGCCAGGGGGCGAGUUUAGCAGGGAGCGUGUGGGCUGGGAAGGAGGUAGUGGAUUUGGUGUGUUGUCGGUGUGGUCGGUGUUAAGUUGCAUUUGAUGCG